GCUUGGCUACCGGCGUUUUAUUGAGCUGGACCUCCCCAUCCUGGGCCUUGCGCGAUGUGAGUUCUGAGCUCGAGCAGGAUGUGCUCGAAUUGUACAAGAUGGCGGGGAACGGCGGCCACCGGCCUGAGCAUCACUCCAGGAGAUUCUCCAGGCAGCCUGCGAGCCCCGAAGCUGUGGCCACUUCCCCUGUCGGAAGUCGUCCAGCAGCGGAGACAGCCAGGGCAGAGUCCGCAGAACCUGUUGCUGUCGGUAAGGUGCCUGCAGAUGAUUCCACGUGCUUCGUAGACAACUCCGGAUACAGUGGCGGUUGCAAGAUGGAUGGGUGCUCCUGCCCCGCGCUGCAGCACUGCUACCCGAAGUUUUCCAAGGAUGAUGGGGAUCAAGACGUGGGCGUCUGCGGUCUGGCUAUGUGGUUCAUGUCCCUCAUUUCCGCGGUCCUCUUUGGCACUUUCGUCUUCGGAUUGAUGGUCAUGCGUUCUUGCCUGCAGUACGAAGACAAGACAAGGGAGCUUGUGAGGGAAUCCUCAAGCAUCCGGGCACGCGCUCGGAGAUCCCAGGCUCAGGCAGCAUCGCGAGGGAACACCCAGCAGGCCCCAGAUGGCUAA